AUGUUUCAAUCUUCAAAGUCUGAUUGUUUGUGCAGUUUCCUUUGCGGAUUGUGUAGGCGGAAAUUUGAUGUUGUAUGUUACCCGAUGACUUUACCGACUACUGAUGAUUUGUACUCAUGUUAUGAUAAACUAACCGACAGUUCUAUAGAUUUAAAGGAGAGAGAAAAUACCUACAAAACAGUACUUGUAGGUGUUAAAGGCGAUGAAAAUGCAAAGAGAUUGUCAAGUCAGUUUAUAGCAAGAUUUAGCAAACUUUUCGAGAAUCUACUGGAGGAAAGUUUCAAUUGUUUUCUGGAUUUAUGUGACGACGACGAUGUAAACGUUCGAAGUCAAGUGGUGCACGAUUUGUUACAGUUUUGUAAACAUGCACGGGUGUUCGUCCCACGUGUUGCUGAUGUUCUCGUUCAAAUGUAUCAAACAGAUGAUAAGAAGGAGCUGAAUGUAAUUUCUUUGGCUUUGUCUCAACUACUUCAUUCGGAGCCGAAAGCGACCUUACUAGGAAUAUUCAAUCGACUUCUUUCAAUGAAUGCAGAAAAUUCUAGAGAAAAUACUCUCAAAUUCCUAUGUGAACGUUUAAAAAGUCUACCAGACAAUGUAUUAACCAGUGAUCUGGAGUCUUUUGUGGUUGAACAAACUAAUCGAGUGCUACAUGAUGUUUCUGAGGAUGAGUUUCCAAUGUUAAUCUCUUUACUAUCAUCCCUGAAAUGUAUGUCUACACUGACUGGCAGGCAAAAACUAGUAGGCAUGAUCUCUCAGCAAGCUUUGCAGGCCGUUCCUACAUUCAAUGCUAGUGAUCGGGCAUGUAUAGCUCAAGUUCGGGAGAGUUGUAGACAGGCUGCCUUAUGUAUAUCUAAAAACGUUAAUGCUCAUGACUUGUACAUAUACAUGUUGGAAAAAUUCCUACCACAAUUUGGUGACUUUGCUGAAGACACUUUCGACGAACGACUGAGCUUACUUCAGUUGACCGCAGAGCUACUGUUUUUCCCAAGUCAAGCACUUGCAUCGAUAAAGUCAGAGGAUAUAACAAAAUAUUUAAACUCUGCUUUUAAUAUACUGUCAAUGUUCUUGCCUAACAUCCCUUCGGAAGAAACAGCUGACAACUUGAAACAGCCUUCUAUAGAAAAGCCAACAUUAAACCAGAUGGGUUUGAAGUUUUCGGAGUUAGAAGCAAGUUUGUUUUUAUGCUGCCAGCUUGGAUGUUAUUAUCCUCAAUAUUUUGGGGGGAAAGCGAUUGAUAAUGAACCUGAGUUAUCUGUUAUCGAAGAUGGAGUCGAUAGAUUACGUACUGUCAGACCUCGUCUCCAGUACUUAAGUCAGCUAGCACAAGAUUAUGCAACAACAAUAUCUGGUCAGUUGGAUAAGAAUUUACAGUCUGAAGAGAGCAAGCUUCGAAUCAUGGCUCACAGACUUAUGAUGAACAUACAGCGAAUGAUACGGUGCUUUUUUCACAACCCUCCAAUGUUCAAAACCAUCAAUGUAACAUUGUCAUGGACUCAAUCACCUGUUACUUCGAUUCCAGGUACAAAGCGUCCUCUUUCCACGGAUUCGGGUAAUCACCAUAGUACAGGUGUUCGACAACCACGUGGUGAUAGACUAUUGUAUACUCCACCAAUCGGUCAGUGGUCUCGUGUUGAUACUAUUGAUUCGAAUAAAGGCAGAUUUCGAUUUGGUCGUAGUGGUCGGGGGCGUGGACGGAACUUCUAAAUUGACAUCGUUUGUUUUGUGUUACUUACCCCUCUUUAAUUGCUAGCUGUAAAAUAUUCUCUAACCAGCUGUUGAUGCUAUUCUGUAAUUCAACACAUUUUAAUACUUGUAUUUUUCCUUUUUGUACAUGUAUGAUAUUAGUAAACAACAUCUCAUAA